CUAACAGAUGAGCUGCUGUCUCCCCCUGACUCGGCACCUCUUCCCCUGCGUACAGCCUCGAAUGGAUCGACCCACACCUCAAUUGAUACCCGAUCAGCCCUCGGACUGGACUCCUACUCCUCGAGCCGCACGACCGAUUCGACACCAACUUGGACCCUGUCUCCUCCCAUGUCGCGCAAAGAGGGGUCGGUCUCUGCAGAUCGCAUGAACGUAUCGCCCGCCGCGGGACGAAGCCAUACCUUCGAUAGUCCAUCUCGCUGGAACCUCUCUGCGGAUCAAGCGCUGACACCAAGUCGGGUAGAUGAUGGGACUGUGCUCAAAAGGCAAGCGGUAAUGCUGAUUCAGGCCUUGCGGGUAGCCGGUGAGAAUGACAAUGGAUACUCGUCUGGGGCAGGCCCAUCUCGCAGUGGCAGUCUCGAUUCCCAUGCGCUGCCUCAGACGAAAGAGACAGCAACACAUCACAAGCUGGACAUCAUCAGCCGUCUGAUUGCCCUGCUCAAGAGGAAAGCUAGGGUUCGCUACGACCUAGAGGCAGGUCAGAUCGAUGAUGCUAUCUUCCCAUGUCUGACCGAAGCAGCUGGCACUGACUUGAGAGCUGCUGCCUAUGCUCUGCUCCGUCACACCCUGGUUUCACCUGCGACCCGGCAGCUCCAAAAUUGGCAAUCACACGGGCUAGACCUAUUCCUGCUCCGUUCUACCAUGCGCGACAACCGCCAUAUCAUCGAGAAAGAGCAGGCUCUAAAGCUCAUCCGGGCCAUCAUGGAUGUUCAAUAUGCGGGUGACAUCGGAGGGGUAAAUUCGAAGCAUGCAGACUCGUGUCUCAAUACGGGGGUGGUACGGGCAGUAGUAGCGGCCGCGGAACACACUGAUGACAAGCUGAGCAGCGUCUAUCUAGAGACACUUGUAGAGCUAGCCAUCUACGAUCUCCCUCUCCUACUUCGCGCUGGAGGAAUUGCCACUCUGUUCCAUGCAUUAUCGGAUGGACCCUUCGAUCUCGCGCCAGCAAUCGCCCAGGUCCUCAUCUACCUAAUCGACAAGCCGUCCACUCGGCGCUAUCUCCGUCCUGAACUAGAUCUGGAAUUCGUGCUCUCAGGAUUUACUGAUCUACCAGCUCAAGCUGGUAUCUCAUACUCAGAGACACUCACAGCUACUUCGCAAGUUGUCGGUACGCUUCUACGUAGCUGGACGGGACUGCUGUAUCUUUCCAUGCACAACCGCAAGGCUAUCAUCUCGCUGGUCACUGCGAUGCGGGUGGGGCAGUCGGAGGUCCAAGAAUCGAUCAUUGGCAUGCUCACUAGUAUCUUUGACCUCGGGCUUGGGAUGGAACGUCAGAGGCAGCGGGCAAAAGCCCAUGAACACAGUGAUCUGCCAGAACAAGAUGCUCUUGAAGGACGGAUACCUCAAUCAAGGAUAGCACAAGAGAUCUCCCGCAUCGCUCGAGAGCGGAACCGACAGAAAAUCGGUCUUCUGGACCAGUACAUGUGUCUCUUGCUCGUAAUCUUCAUCGACUCAGGGUUGAUAGAAGCACUAGUCCACAUUCUUGAGACUGCUCCGGAGAUGAGUCGGAGCGCUACAAUGCUGUUGGGAGCUCUCUUUCAGGUUGGAACCCGGGUCCUUCCACAAUCUUACAACGUCCAUAUUCAUCAAUUACCGUCGCUAUUCGCCGGAGCCUCACGACUAGAUGACCCUGACGGAAGGCGGAAAGCUGUCAGCGCGCUCUCCGCCGUCGAUAGAGCUUCACUGCUUCUUCAGAAUCAGUAUCAGUCCAGUGCAAAGUCGACUGCUCGAGAUCGGACCGACUCAAUUACUGAUGACCCUCUACGGCGUGGUCAACGACAAGUCGAAAAGGUCAGACUGAUGAUGGGCAUGCAGAUCGAUGAAGUCGCAUUCCGCAACUUGAUCUUGGAGACGCAAGUGCAGAGUACUCGCGACCAUACGAAGUGGAAUACAGAGGGAAUCUUCGAACUGCUGCAAGGACCCUUGCUGAACCCUCGCAGGCUCGAAGAAGCAAUACGAUUGACGAAGCUGAUGCGUCGACUACUUGGCUUCUUCCAUCCUUUUGCGCUUCUCUUCUCUGAUCUGCCGGCUACGCCCCCUAACAGAGUCUACAUUACCCUCGGCUGUACUCUCUUGACUACGCUUCUGUCGACAUCCGAGGGUACGAAGUUCCUCACCGAGGAUGGACUCUUGAAGCAGCUGAAAGAAGCCUUCGAUGAGAUCGACCCAACCGUGGACGGCACAGCUCCCGAUCCUAUUCUUGCCAAGUCGAGAAUCACAUCCACCCUGUCACAAGGCUACCUUGAGAUGAUUGGCACUCUAAGCUCAACCACCGAGGGAUCGAAAUUGCUCUCCAAGUUCCACAUUUGGACUUCGCUGUACCGACUCUGUCACCUCCGCGCCCGUGACGAUCUGAUAAAAGUGUUGAUCGAAAAAUUGGACUAUUCGUCCAAUGGCCACCCGCGCAUCCUUUUCGCAUGGGUGCUGACAUCGAGCAACAGGCCCCUCCGCAAAUCGGCAACAGAGUUCCUGGCCCGUCAGAUACGUCGCAAGCCCAAUCCAGGAGAGUGGCUGAUCUCAUUGCUGCUCACACAGCUUUGUGACCCAGUGUCAUCAGUGAGGGACAUUGCCGUUGCCGUCGUCAAGGAAGUCUGCUCGUCUACACAAAAUCUGGAGAUGGUCGUGUCUCUGCGCCCUACACUUGAUCAUCUGGGCGAGACCGGUCAUGAGCUUCUUCUGCGCUUCUUGUCUACCCCAGGUGGACUGCGCUACCUCUUAGAGGGCGGCUACAUUGAUCGCGAGAUGGACGAGUGGUUCAACGAACGAAAUCACCGCUAUGCCGUUACGAUGGAGGUGAAUCUGAAUUCAGCUCUCACCAUCAGUCGGUCUGCGGGAGACGAAGGCGAUUCCGAGACGCGCUUCGAUGGUACAACGCCUCUACACUUCUACGGGGAGCUGGCCAAGACUCCGGAAGGAUGUGAAGUGUUGAGAGAGAAAGGCCAUUUUCUCGAAUUUGCAGACUUCAUCCGGCGCAACGGCAUGGAGGAUACCGACCUCGACAUCCUCGGCAAGUUGAAGAGUGUCUUGUGGACAGUUGGCAGCAUCGGAGCAAGCCCAGGAGGAUUUCCUUUCCUGGAAGAGGAAGGGACUGUUGCUGACAUUGUUGACAUUGCUGAGACUUCGCCGGUCCUGUCUGUCAGGGGUACCUGCUUCUACGUCAUCGGCCUCAUAUCGACGACCCGCCGAGGCGCAGAGCUUCUACAAGACUAUGGCUGGCAGAGCGCUUGCACGACCUUCGGCAUGCCUAUUGGCAUCUGCAUUCCGGAAAAGCUCUCCGAUUUCGCCCAACUGCCCACCUGGGAGAUGUUGCCAUGCGCUUCCACCGAGGACUCUUCAUAUCUGAUGCCGCCUUCGGACCCCGUGCAUCGAUCGAUUUUGACCUCGAUCUCCAAUUUGGGAAACUCCAUCCUGGCCAACAAGUCGUCGAAGACGCUCUCGAAACUUAAGCAACGUCACCCUGGUGCCUUUGCAGACCUGACUCUAUUCGUCAGGGCAGUCGAGACGAUCAACACUUUCAAGCUGCGCCAGGUCAUCAGAAAGUUCAUCUGGGACUCCUUCGACGUUCAGCUCAACCAAGAGACCGUUCAUAAGAUGAGAAGCAUUAGAGCAAGCCUCUUGGCAUCAGUCGAUCAGGUUUCAGGCACCGCGAUGGCAAAAAGCACUGCGCAAGGACAGAGCAGUAACGUAUCUUCUAAUCAACCUCAUCUUACUCGCGAUAUCGACGGCGAAGCGCAAGGGAGAGAUCCGCCACACCCUGCGCUGCCGAUCUCCUCUUCGCUGCGCUUCGUGCCUCACUCGCUCCGUCACGUGGACAUGGCGCCUCCCAACCCCCUGGAGGAUGCGGCGAUGACGGAUGCAGAUGGUGAAGACUUCGCCGACGAUCUCAUCGACGGAGAGGAGGACGACGAGGGCGAUGUUUCUGAGAUGGAAGAUAGCUCUAUUCAAGGUGAAGCGGAUUAUCAUGACUACAGCACCGAUGCAGACCGUUCGGAUGAGGCCGCCCCUCACGGCACACUGACCCGAGGCAAAGUCGCAGCAGUGGCCUCAAGCCUUGCCGGUUCUUCUCAUCGAGGCGGCGGAUCUGCGAGACAGUCGAUCUUGUUCAUCGACGAGUUUGGAGAGAGGCGGGGAGAAGGCUGGAGCGAGCCACAGAAGAUGGCUCCUGUGCCCGGCGUGAGGCUGAUAGGUGGCUUUGGGGAUGCUGGAAGUCAUAGGGGUUCGAGACGAAUGUCGUGGAUUGGGAUGGAGUAAGAUUCAUCGCCCUCGUCUGCUGCUGUGUAAGGUCCCCUUUGUGCGCUCUGUGACUACCACUGCUCUGUGGACUUGUAAUCAUAUUUCUAAUGC